UUGUGCGCGCAGACAGCGGCCACGAAUCUCGCCGGCGCUCAAGAUCAGCAUUCGGAUCCCUCGGCGGCGGCUUGCUGUUCGAGAUCUCUGAUUCGUCAUCUCCCUCGAUUCCCGUGGCUCUCAGAUCCCUUUGGAGACUGAGGACUAGAAAUGGCGCUAGGGUUUCUCUUUUGAUCAUAGUGCAUAUAGAUGGCUAGGGAAAGGGUUUGGAGAUAUCUCCUCUGACGUCUUCUUUGACGGAUUCUUUGCGCUUGUUUGUUUAUCGGAAGAAGAAGAAGGUAUAUCUUGAGAAAAAUAUCAAGAGAGUAAGGAAAAGAAUAGAGGAGAUAGGAAGGAAGGAAGGAAGGAACCUUAGAUAUCCACGGUUUAUCCAUAAUAAUAGGGGAGCACACACUGCUGGUCAUGAGACAGUGACAGGGAAGGAUGCUGGCCUGCAUCGCGUGUUCGAAGAGACCGGACGAUGGCGGGGAUGACAGCACCGCGCGUGCCGCAACCCCCAGAACCAAAGACGCCGUCAAAAGCCUGACUUCCCAGGUUUCUUUUAAAAUGGUUCAGAUAAAAGACAUGGUGCUGAAAAUCUCCGGAGGCAACCGUCAAUGUAAGGCAAGCAGCUCUUCCUCGUCUUACAGGAGCAAGAGUGUCCACCAUCGUUCCCCAACAUACCUGAAUGAUGACACAUCGGAUGCUGAACAAUGCACGUACCUCCGGUCUACAAGCGCCAACUCAAUGGCUAAAUGGGACUUCACAAAUAUUAACCGCAACACAGAACGUAAAUGGAUUCCAGGUAUUGGUUAUCCACCUGAGGAGGAGCAGGAUGUGUUUGUGGAGGACAAUGCUGAACCCAAGGAGUGGAUGACCCAAGUAGAACCUGGCGUCCAAAUCACCUUGGUCUCACUACCUGGAGGCGCUGGCAAUGACCUCAAGCGCAUUCGUUUCAGCCGGGAGUUGUUCAAUAAGUGGCAAGCUCAGAGAUGGUGGGGAGAGAACUUUGAUCGGAUCAUGGAACUCUACAACGUGCAGAGAUUCAGCCGGCAGGCCCUUGCUACGCCAACCAGAUCCGAAGAUGAUGAGCAACAAGAUUCAUCCUACCAAUACCAUUCAAGGGUAUUAUCCACCUCGAGGGAGAGCCCCAUCACUCCUAUACGUGGCAAGGAUCGCUGCACGAGCACUAGUACGAGCGGUGGCAGGCAGACAACAAUGUACCCGGGUGGGUACUUCCCAACAGUUCCUGACCCGACAGAGCACAUGUUACAGCAACAUUUUCAUCCUUUUGCGGCCAUUAAUAUUAGUGGUGGUGGAGCAUUAGCAGUGGCAGGUGUGUCCGGAGUUAGACGAGAAGCCGCCUCAUCAAUGGAUGCCUCACGGACGACCACGUCUUCUCGUGAUGAGGCUUCCAUCUCCAUCAGCAACGCUAGUGAUUUGGAGGUCACUGAGUGGGUUGAGCAAGAUGAGCCUGGCGUCUACAUUACCAUCAGGGAACUCGCUGAUGGAACCCGAGAGCUGCGUCGCGUCCGUUUCAGCCGAGAAAAAUUUGGCGAAGUUCGCGCCAAGCUGUGGUGGGAAGAGAACCGGGAAAGAAUUCAAGCUCAGUACCUUUGAAUCAAACACAAUGGAGAAGAGGGGGUAAUGGAUAUAUAUUUAUAUUAAUUAUAUAUAUAUGAUAUGAUAUAUGCAUAUAUUUCAGGGAAAAAAUAUUAUAUUAAAAGGUAAAAGAGGAAAAAAAAUUCAUGCCAGGGAAAUUAUCUCUCAUUUUGGUUUUUGGCACCACUUUAUGUAUGAACUGAAUCUUGGAAAAGAUUUAUUUCAGCUGAAUGGCAUUCAUCAUGUAAUAGAUUUUCAUAAAUGUUACAACAAAUUCACAAAUAUAAUUCUCAAUUUACCAUCAAUUUUACGUUGGCGACAAAAUAGCACAUAACAAUGAAAUGUUACAUGUGAAUAGGGCCACAAUGUGCCAAGGAGAGAAGAACAGAUUUCAAUUUGAAUUUGGAAAAAAAAAAAAAAAAACAUGAAAGUCACUAAAUUUAUUUAUUCCCUUGCAUCUAGUGGUGUUUACUGUAUGCACUAUUUUCUUUCAAUAUAAUUUCAAACACCUAGCAAACAUUAUGAAAGUGUAUGUAGGCAAAUGAUAUUUAUGUUAGCUGACAACCAUAACUACAUGACCCAGUAAAGUUUGCAGUUGAACCUUAAUUAUAUUUGCUGACAACUUUCCGGGAGUAGCCUAGCCUCUCCCAGAAGAGAUUUUGGUGCUACCAUGCCAGGCACCAGCCUUCACAGGAGGCGGUGGCCUCACACAAGGUGGGCAAAACCUGCAUAUUACCUGCUAUCUUUUUUUUUUUUGAUAAAAAUAUUACCUGCUAUCUUGGCAGAACUCACAAUCUUGUUACCCAGUUUUGCAGUUGCAUCUGUGACACUGCAUUUUCCCUCCUGUAUGUCCCGCUGCAGUAAGAUAUGAAGUUAAUCAAGGAUGAAAGAUGACAUAACACAAUCACAUAGCAUCAAUUAAACCAGCCCACUAGCCUGGGUUUUUUCUUCUAGGUGGUUUAUACAGAUUAUGCUUCUGGCCAUUCUUCAUUAGUCAUGCACUUUGGUCUGAGUUCUGAAGCUGUGGUAGGUAAAGAAAAGGGCAAUCAACCAUAACAAGAGCUAAGGUUGAUGUUCUAACCUGAUAACCAAUUAGCUUGCUUUGCACACCUGCAAUAAUGAAAAGUGUCGGCAAACUGCAAGCACCACUCAGCUACCACAGAUUGUGUCACUUUUUUUAAUAUAUAUAUAUAUAUAUAUAACUUAAAGAUAAGUGUCUUCGGUUUGUAAAGAAAAGUAUCACCGGUUCUCAAAGAAGCAUUUGUCUUUGCAGUUGAGAAAUUGGUGGCAGGUUUCAUAUUUGAUAAAGACCCUGUUGAAAAUCAUCUAAAAUUCUUUUGUUCCACAGUAGUUCUCAAUUCAACUAAGAUAUAUUUAAAA